CUCAUUGCUGUGAAAAGUGAAGGUCUUCCACCAAAACAUUGUUCAGUGCGAUCCAACUAAAUCGAUGCAAUGGUUUGACGGACUUAGAUGUUGACCAAUAGAAUCCCUGUAAACAUGCUAGAGAGGGGCAGGAUCUCGGAUAUCCCAUAUCAUCAUCUCAAAGCGCUUUGUUGUUCCUUCGGGUUAGUAAGACGGAGAAAAACUGUUCGAAUUUAGAGGAGAUAACACUUCCCCCGGUUAACUUUAAACCGAACCCGGUUAAGUGUGAUAGUAAACCGACGCCCUAUGGUACAAAGUUGCGAAUUUGUGGGACUAAAGCAGCUCGGUAGUGAGGUAGCAUUAGCCUCCCCGAGAGGUUGUCCAGAUUGGAGCGGAAGGAAUUCAGGCUCGAGGAAGAAGGAGAAAAUCUUCUGGGAUGCCUCGCGCAAGUUGGAUAAAACUGUAUCUUACAGUUCCACCUGGAACCACAACACUAUAAACCCGAAGUAUGAGCGUGUCCGGCUGAUAUUACGGUGAAAGAAUAGUUUCAUGGUGGUUUUGUUAUCGUUAGCGUGCCAGUUUAGCAAGUUAGCCACGUAGCCUUCAGCAGGAAGACAUUUAAAAUGGCGGAGGGUUGGCCCAUUCCUUCGGCCCUUGUCUUCAUGCUGUUCGGUGUGAGUGCCUGGGCCCUGGAGAGUUGCCCGGCUCCGUGUUUGUGCUCGGAAGGGCAAGAUGAUGUGCGUGUCCUGGACUGUAACAGAAAAAGGCUGUCGACGCCACCGCUGGACCCACCAGAUGGGAUAACCCAUGUCACCAUGAAUUACAAUGAGCUGGCUGUUCUUCCAUUUCUUGGAGAUGUUUCUUCAAACAUCACCUCACUGUCACUAGUUCACAACAAGAUCUCAGAACUAUCAAUACAUCAGUUGCAGCCCUACAUUUCAUUGGAGACACUGGACCUCACAUCAAACUCCAUCUCUGAGCUUAAAGUUGGAUCCUUCCCUAACAUGCAGCUGAAAUAUCUGAAUUUGAGUAACAACAAGAUCAGCAUCCUUGAGCCUGGUUGCUUUGAAAACAUCUCUAGCACCCUGCUGGUGCUGAAGCUCAACAGGAACAGAUUAGCAGCCCUGCCAUCUAAAGUCUUCAGGCUUCCACAGCUUCAGUUCCUUGAAAUGAAGCGUAACAAGAUAAAGAUAGUGGACAGCCUAACAUUCAAAGGGAUGGACUCACUGAAGUCACUGAAGAUGCAGAGGAACGGCAUCAGCAAACUCAUGGAUGGAGCCUUUUUUGGACUGAACAACAUUGAAGAACUAGAGCUGGAGCACAACAACCUAACGGAGGUCAACAAAGGUUGGCUGUAUGGCUUGCGCAUGCUGCGUAUCCUGAGGGUCAACCAGAACGGUGUUUUCAUCAUCCGACCAGAUGCCUGGGAAUUUUGCCAAAAGCUGGAAGAACUAGACUUGUCCUUUAAUCAUAUGACGAGACUUGAGGAGACGGCAUUCGUAGGAUUAAGUUUCUUGGAGAGCCUGAACCUGGGAGAGAACUCAAUCAGCCAUUUGGGAGAGGGAGUGUUCAGUGGCCUGUCAAGUCUGCGUACCCUCGAUAUCCGCAACAAUGAAAUUUCCUGGGCCAUUGAAGACUCCAUCGGUUUAUUUGAUGGAAUGAAGAAGCUGAACACAAUCAUUCUCCAGCGGAACAAAAUCAAAUCAAUCACCAAGAAAGCGUUUGAGGGCCUGGAGGAGCUGGAGCACCUGGACCUCAGUAAGAAUGGCAUCAUGUCGAUACACCCGGAGGCGUUGUCCCACAUGAAGCUCAAAGUGUUUGUCCUGAACACAAGCAGCUUACUGUGCGACUGUCACAUGCAGUGGUUGGGACCCUGGCUAACUGACAGUCGGUUCCAACAGUCUGUGACUGCCGUCUGUGCUCAUCCUCCCAGUCUACUUGGUCGCAGUGUCCUGACCAUCAGCCCUGAAGAGUUUGUUUGUGAUGAUUUCCCCAAGCCUCGGAUCACCACUCACCCAGAGACGUCUGUGGCGCUGCGGGGAAACAAUGUGACUUUGAGCUGUGUUGCCUCCAGCAGCAGUGACUUGCCAAUGGCUACAGCUUGGCGGAAGGAUGGGGAGGUGCUGUAUGAUGCUGAAGUGCAAAACUUUGCCCAGUUUCAGGAGGGAGAGCUCAUCUAUACCACCAUGCUUCACCUCCUCAAUGUCAACUUUACUGACGAGGGGCGCUACCAGUGUGUGGUGUCCAAUCAUUUUGGCUCCAACUACUCCAACAGAGCCAAGCUUACAGUCAAUGAGAUGCCGUCCUUUCUUAAGACUCCCAUGGACCUGACAAUCCGGACCGGGACUAUGGCCAGGCUCGAGUGUGCUGCUGAAGGGCAUCCAUCGCCCCAGAUUGCUUGGCAGAAGGACGGUGGCACCGACUUUCCUGCUGCCCGAGAGCGAAGGAUGCAUGUGAUGCCGGAUGAUGACAUCUUCUUCAUUGCUAAUGUGAAGACGGAAGACAUGGGCAUUUACAGCUGCACAGCUCAGAACGCAGCUGGCAGCCUGUCUGCAAACGCUACUCUCACAGUCCUGGAAACUCCAUCAUUUGUGCGACCACUGGAAGACAGAACUGUGGCCCGUGGUGAAACCGCCGUGCUUCAGUGUAUAGCUGGAGGGAGCCCCGCCCCCCGUCUCAACUGGACCAAAGACGACGGACCUCUGGUCCUUACAGAGCGCCACUUCUUUGCUGCUGCCAACCAGCUCCUUAUUAUUGUAGACGCUGGUCCUGCCGAUGCAGGAAAAUACACCUGCAUCAUGUCCAACACUCUGGGAACAGAGCGUGGCCACAUCUACCUUGGCGUCUCGCCGUCGCCAAACUGUGAUACUGGUGCAGGGUACAACCAGGACGGAUGGACCACUGUGGGUAUUGUGGUCAUUGUGGUGGUGUGCUGUGUGGUUGGAACCUCACUGGUUUGGGUCAUUGUCAUCUAUCACAUGCGCAGAAAGAGCGAGGACUACAGUAUCACAAACACAGAUGAGAUGAAUUUGCCAGCAGACAUCCCCAGCUACCUGUCCUCUCAGGGUACACUGUCAGAGCCUCAGGAAGGCUACAGUAACUCCGAGGCUGGCAGCCACCAGCAACUCAUGCCUCCGCUCUCCAAUGGAUACAUCCAUAAAGGGACAGAUGGUGUGUGCUAUGGAGACAUGAGCAGCGAAGUGGAAACAGAAGGAAACGGCCUGCUGCACUGCAGGGUCGGAUCUUUGUUCACCGGCCGGAGCAGUUUCCACCCUGGGGAGCCCCGUGAGGGAGUAGCUGCAGUCCCCACAGGUGGCGCAGGUUCGCUGGUCAUCUGCUCCGACUGCUACGACAAUGCUAACAUCUACUCCCGUACACGAGAGUACUGCCCCUAUGCCUAUAUGGGAGAGGAUGAGCUGCUGGACAAAACAUUACCUGACCUGAAGGAGAGCUUUAGUGAGCAUGCCCAGCACAUGGACACGACACUGGAGAACCUCAUAAGCAACCAGAACUCCUCAGUCUUCCUUUCCUCACACGACAAAAGGUUGGGCAGCCACACUCCCCUGGACCACACUAAUGAUUUCCUCGGCAGGUCGUUCUGGGGGGAAGAUCUGUGCCAGCAUCCAGUGACUGUUCACAGGACGCCUCCUCUGACUUCCACUGCAGAUGGAGCAGAGGAACAGAGUGAAGCGGACGUAGACUACUUCCCCAGCCAAAGCACACAGGACCACAGAAGUGCCUCUAACAGGACUAACCCUCAGGAGCAUUCUGCCCCCACAUAGGUCCUUACACUCCAUGUUCUGCCUCUGACUUAUAAUUGCUGCACCCCUUCCCUCCUUUCACCCACUACCUCCAAAGAGACAAGUCGCUCUCUGCCAAAGAUGCUCUCUUGUAUGUUUACAUUCCCCUUUCACAAAAGAGGACACGGUACAUUCUCCACUGUGGAAAGGUCGCGACUUUGGGCUGGAGAGACGGACUGGUGAUUUGAGUGACCUCCUCUUUAACACCUCCACCUCUGCAGGGCCUCUCUUUCCCACAUCCUCUGCCACUCUUCUCUUUUCUCCUUAUGGAGAAAGCUAUGAAUGUAUGCUUUAAAGAGCCACGUUGGAUGGGAUCGUCCUUGCUGCUGUGGGGCUCAAGAUGUACGGCAGCGCGCUACACGCUGGCAGUUUGACUUCCUGACGUUCAGGGUACAGACGUCUGUACAAAACUUUAGUAGAAAUUACAAACUAUCUUCUCCCAACUGGGAAAAGGGGGUUUGAACGGGGGGACAGUUGUAUUUCCCUCACCAGCAGAUUGUGGUGGUAACUCUCCCUAAGAACCUUGAAAGCAUAUGUCCCACAUUCCCACAGCGAUUCUGACGGACUGUGAACUAUACUAUUUAGUAUCCUAUUAUGCAAAUUUCAGAGACAGUGAACACCAAAAUGUGGUGUAUAUUAUGAAUAUAUAUGAAUAUAUCCUACAUCCUCUUUAUCUGAUUUCGUUUUUUGUCAUGUGUCAAACACAAUCGUUAGCUCCUUCGCUUUACAUCUUCAUAAUCAGUUUGGGGGAGGAAUCGUGAAUUCUCAUUUCCCUCAAUCAGGUGACAUCAUGGCUUAUACACAGUAUGCACUGAUAUGUUUUCCCGUUUUCCUCAUGUCUUACAUGCACUUAAUUAAAUGGUGGCAAUGUUUUAAUGCAGUGCACGUGCUGUGAGCUUUGCUCUUUGAAACGCGUCGCACUGAUCUCGACCGCUUAUCUGAAACGGGGUGGGUGCGAUGCGAUGUAUGGGAGCAGCGUUAAAGCCUCUUACGUUAGCUGCUAAGAUGGCUGACACAGUUGUGGAGAGGUCUCUUCGAUCACUAUGGCAACAAAAUUAAAUGUGCUGGAUUGUAUAUUAUUUUUUUUUCUCAAAAAUACAUCAACUGCACUUACAGUACAGUGUUUGUUCAUUGAAGACUACGUUUAUUAUAUGAUUAACAGGCUGUGGUAAAAAGUUUAAUUUAUUCAUUCUGUGCUACGUCUACAGGUGUUUUAGUCAAACGGAAUUGAAAAUGAACAGAGAGAUUUCAGACUCGCUUGCAGAUGCAGAUCGGCGCGUGGAUGUCAGGCUGUACAUCGUCAGACUUUAUCGUAUAGAUUACUCUCAAAAAUGUCUUUCGACAAAAAUUGAUUACGCUGAGGUUCUCGCUUGGUACUGUGAAAAAUGAGAAUGUAUUAUUUUAUACAUGUAUGUAUGUUUGUAUGUAUGUGUACAUAAAGCACGUUAUGUAUUAAAUUCCAUGUCUUACACGUCCAUUGUCAGAGAGGUUUGAGACGAAGGCUGCAGUAACUAAUGUCUUCAUGGACAUUAUGUGUGGUUUUUUUUUUGGUUAUAAAACAACAUUCUCACAGUUAUGAAAUGGCCCCCAGCUUCAGUAAAUUCUUCUUUCUCUAAAUGUCAGCAUUUGCUUUGAGGAUGUUUCAGUGGUAACUAUUUUCGAAGAAUGUGGACCUGUUUGAACAGGUUUUUAUGUCUGUUUACUCUUCAUUUCUUUGUCUUUGUGUGUGGUUCUCAGAAAAAAUCCUUUAGCAUGGGCUAGACCAAUGACUCUAAACUGUAAACAAAUGCAUUCUGUACAUGCAACAGAUCUAAAAGUUGAGACUAAAAACUGCUUUCUAACAUUCUGUCUGCAACGUUGAGUGUAAAGUUUAAAUUAGUCCUAAGUUGGAUCAAAAACAGAACAAGAACAAACACAUUUUUCAGGGUGUCGUGGGUAUGACGUCUCUGUUAUAUUUUCAUUAUGUUAAUGAUCGUUUCUGCCACAUUCUGCCUUUUUAUUUUCCAUGUUCUGUUUCUUUCUUUGGUCUCUUCUUUGGUCAUGGUACACGGCACCAAGUGUGAUUUAAGAUGUCUUUACCCUUUCCAUAAUGACACAAUCAUCAUGUUACCAUUCUGUGACUUGACUUGUUUCACUGCGCUCUCACUCUGUGUGCCCCCACAGGCAAGUUGGUCUUAAACUGAGGUUUGGUUGGACACGUUGUUGGCAACUUGCUGUCCUGAGAUGGUAAUAUCUAUUUCCUCUCUCAUUCCACAAUUAAUAUUGCACUUGAUACCAAGGGGAAUUUGGAGAAGCUACUUUGUUUGUUUAAUGCAUGUUAGAACUUAAACACACUCAGCACUAAGCAACAGACUUACAUUUUAAAAACCAUGCACCUGGUGGUUUUUUACUCAUACAAAACUAGCAGUUGUGGAUUUUGACAAACAAACCUGGAUGCUUCAUCUCCAUGCAUUUUAGUCGCAUUCCAUUUGCACAAACAAGCUAUUGAUAGAUUUGAUCAAUAAUUACUUUGAUGCAUUGAAAUCUCCACCUCCUUUACCACAGAUAUUACAUUUUGUUCUUGCCUCUCAUGUUUUGUCAUGUUUGCCGUCAUCAGAUCACCCUAAGCCUACAUAAUUCUCUUACCUGACAUUCCUGAGACCCGUCAUGUUUAGUCCCUCAUCUCACUGGAAGGAGAUUCUCGUCUUUUACUCGCAGUCGUUUUCAUUGCCUCUUUUUAGAAAAUGCGUUGCUGUUCAGUAUUUAUUGUUUUCUGCCAACACAGCGUAACACAGUGUAUGUUUGUAUUGUUUUUCAAUCUCUGAACGUCCUUUUAUGACUUAAAACCAAAGUUUAGCAGUAACUGCUCUGGCAAUAUCAAAUGCUGCUUUUUUUUGUAUUUUUGUUUUCACUUGUAUUUUUGGACUUUUAUUUCCCUGUACAUUCUGUAAAGCAUGUCUAUAGAGCCCUUUUGUUACAUAGCUAUUACUCAAACAUUAAACAAGAAUUCUGAUUA